UUCUGCCAGCUCCCCCACCAGGUUCCUCGAGUUCAGCCCUAUGGUUGGCUCCAAGCAUUCACCUCUGCAUUGGUCAAUUGCUGACUGGACCUCCCCAGGAACUGCCAUACUUGGUUCCUCUCUGCAAGCACCUCUUGACCACAGCAACAGUAUUGGAUUUGGUGUCUACACACAUGAUGUAUCCCUCAGGCCAGUUCAGCCAAGGACUCAUCCCUAUGGCUUCCCUCUGAGUUCCAACUACUUCCCAGUGGAAAACAUACUUGGAAUAGACACUGGAGCGAUCUUGGAAAGAGGUCCCAUGGGGACUGUACCUGACCCUCUGAGGGUGACUAAAGCUUCGAUAGUGGCAGCUUCUGGAAAGGAAGAGUCUCGAGGGGAGUCGCAGAGUGUCUCACCACAACCAGCUCAGCCAGAUAACAAUGCUAGUGGCAUUGGCAAUGUUCCUGCAGAACUCAGCCUCCAGCUCAGUGCAGCUGCUCAAGCCCUGAUGCAAGCUUGUGUGUCUGAGUCCAGUCAGCAAGACAUGGCAUCUCCUGGUGUCUUCAGUGAGGGAGAGCCAGUGUCUCCCAAACAGAAAACACCUGAUGACUUCCUGCUUCAUGGAAGCAAGGAGUCCGCAGCUCCAGGCCUGAACGCUACUGCACAAAAGGAACUUAUAUCUGCGCCAUGUUUAAUAUCUGUAGUCCAGCACACUCACCAUGCCAUCCAAAGGGAUGCACCAAAUACUAGCACCUGUGCGGUACCUGAAGGUUCCUUGGUGAAAUCCGAGGCAAACUCAAACGGCGAGAACCCUGAAAAGCCAGGUUGUCCUGCCAGGGUCACCUGUUGCAGCAGCAAAAAUCAAGAAGGGCUCUGUGAUUUUCCUUCUCCAGAAAACAGCCAAGGAAUUUUACAGACUCCAGAUAUAGCAUCCCCUUCUGCAGACAGACCUGAGGGGGAAGGGCAGAAAGUCAUCAAUAACAUCACCGCGGUGUCCAGUGAACCUCCAGUAAGAGAGGGGUGCUCGGAGAACAAACAGCCCUCUGCCACUGCCUUGAACACCACAGCUGAAAGGUCGGAAAACCCUCCGCCGUCCCACCUCACCAGCAAAGGGGCCACAUGUUCUUCAGAAGCAAGGCAGGCACUGCUACCAGCACAGUAUCCUGUGUCAAGGUUUAAAGAAGCCAGUACAAUGACCUGCCAAGCUGAAAGUGGGGCUAAGGAGGUCUCUGGCAGGGCUUGGCAAGAUGCUGAGGUACAGGCAGUGGCAAGUGUGGAGAGCAGGUCUGUCUCUACCAGCCCCAGUAUCCUCCCCGCAUAUUUAAAAGAAAAUCCUGCUCCUGAGCUAGAGAAUGGGCAGGAGCAACUGCGUGUCAUUUGCCAUGGCAAGGGCAGUGGGAACCACUUGUUGGAACUCUCUAACAGCAUGGUAGACUCCCAGGAGUCAAGGCAAUGCCCCAGCAUUGUACCACAGGUGCAUAUCCAAGCAGCCACUGCCACUCCUGCGGCUUUCAAAGGGGGAUGCAAACCAGCGAACCAACCAGCUGAAGGCCUUAAAUCCCCACUGAUCCAUGUGACCUCCAGUCAAAACACGGAAACAGAGGAAGACCUGCGGUUGUCAGCAAGCAAAGAGGCAACCUCUAGACAGCCUGAAGGUACUAAUCCUGACUUCCAGAAAGCUAACGCCAUUGGCCAGAUUUCCCUCCCAGCAGGGAGUCAAGCUGAGAUAAAUCAGGGGUUGUGGAACUCUGGACCCAGGGAACCUGAAAUUGUAGUGAAAACUGCAAAAGACCACAAAGCAGAGUCAAGCUGCAAACCGUCCAACUCCGGUGGAGGUGCCAACAAAGACUACCCCCCGGAGAGCUUGGACCCCACUGAUAAAAAAGGUGCAAAGGACAAGAAGCCUGCGUCUCCUCUUAUCGUGAAAGACCAUGCACCUGGAGCCACCAGCACUCUAGAUGCCAAAACCCUAUUGCUAAAUCCUAAAUCUCAGGUAAAGGAAGGUGAGGGACCAGAGGUCAGUCCUGCACCCUCCCCAGGGAGGAAGAGCCAACAGAACACCUUGGAAGAACUCAGGCAGCCCAAGACAGUCAUGAGUCUGAGCCUGCCAUCAGAUGGCACAGGUGACUCGAGCCCAGGCUCAGGUAAGAGGACCCCUUCUCUCUCAGUCAAGGCCAGCCCGCGCAGGGGCAGCCGGGUCAGCGAGUUCCUGAAGGAGCUCAGUGUGACAGCAGCUGCUGCUCAGGUGGGCCUCACACCUGGAGAGAAGAAGAAACAGCUGGGUGCAGACUCCAAGCUGCAUCUGAAACAGUCCAAGCGAGUGAGGGAUGUGGUGUGGGAUGACCAGGGCAUGACCUGGGAGGUGUAUGGUGCUUCCUUGGACCCAGAGUCCCUGGGAGUUGCCAUCCAGAACCAUUUACAAAGACAAAUUAGGGAACAUGAGAAGAUAGUUAAAACACAAAGUGGCCAGACUCGAAGAUCAAUUUCCUCAGAUUCUUCUUCAAGUAAGAAGCUUAAAGGGAGACAACAUGGUGUUCUGCAGUCCAUGCUGCAAAACUUCCGGCGCCCCAACUGCUGUGUCCGCCCUGCUCCGUCCUCUGUGCUGGACUAAAAGGGAACUGCACUAGUGUACGAGCUGUGGUAUUCCUUGUGUCUAUUUGUGUCAAAGCUUAGACGUUUGGAUUUCUGUUUUGUUUUAGGUUUGUUGUCGUUGUUUUCUGAGAGACCUAGGAGUAAACGCAACUAUUAGAUUUAAAAAUUAGCUAUUAGGAAUUGUUGGGUUUUCCACAAAUAAAAUGCUGUUUCCCACUGAUAGAAUACAAGAGUGAAGCAAAGCUUACAGCUUGCACGAGUUCAGAAGAAAUGAUCGUCACUGUGGUUUUUAAGGACAUUAUUUAUACACAGAAGUCAUUCGGUAUUUUCACCUCAGUCUAUCACAGGAUGGUAUUUCCACUAAAAUAGCUGCUUUACACUAAAACUAGCAAAAACAACUACUAACAACACUGUGGUAAUUUCUGGUAUUACUGAGGUAAGAAUGCUAGUACCACAAAAUGUUGCAAGUACCACAAGAGGAUGCUAGAACCACAAAUGUUUAAGUAGCUUUUAAGAACCUUAAUGUGAAAACUUGAAAAACAAAUGUAUGUUAUCCCAGGGACAAAUAAGAUAAAAUGAAAAUAUUCAAAAAUGUAUAAAAAAAACAAAUAUGAACUGGCUAUAGACAUCUAAAGCUAACCCUUUUUAUGUGAACAAGUUCUUGUUAGAAAAGUUACCUAUACCUCCAGAUAUGAAUACUGCCUAUACUAAACAUGAAUUUAUAUGUACACAUUUUCCUGCAUUAAAUGCAAAGCGCAUCCCUGUGCUUUGGACCACAUUAAAAUGGUAUUUUCUUACACUAGAGGAAGUGUAUGUGACUAGAGUCAUGAGACUAAGGAGGAUAGUUAAAUUUUGUAUUGUAAGUGUGUCCUCUGCUAACAGGUUCUGAUUGCUUAAAUGUACAACCUAGAUUGCUUCAGAUUUAUCACUUUUAAGAGACAUGCUGUUACACUUCAGAGGUCUUCAUGAAAUCAGUUUGAACUUUGGGUGGCCAUCUUCCCUCACUGGUUUCUCCAGGAAUGGCAUGCAUGGGAACAUCCUUGACUCACUGAGUUGGGGUGGCAGCAGCAGCUUGUGCACUGGGGUAGGAUGAAGAAGGAGCAUGGUGAAGGUUUAGGGCAGGCCUUCCUCCCAACCUUCAUCGUCUACACAAAGCUAAUCUGAAGGUUGCAGUUAACACUUCAGACUUAGAUGUGGAAGGAAGAGCAAUAACCUUUGCUAAAAUCACUCCUGAUGAGCUAGAAAACAGGACCUGCCGUGUAUCUUAUUUUUACUUUAGAGACUCAAAUAUCAGUGGUACAGCCACAUAUCUGUUUUGUUUUUCUUUCAGUUUAUUUCUAUUUUGUAGAUUAAAAACAUAAAAAUUAUACCUGUGCUCCGAAUCCUGAGCUACAUUGCAUUUGAUUUCUACAAGAGCAAUUUAACUGAGUAUGUAGCUGCAUAAGUAGGCCACGGUGACAGCACCCUUCCAGUUGGAGAAUGAUAAUUACAGUGUUAUACUUGGAACUUAUAAUGAAUUUCUUAAUAAGGCACAUUUUCAGCUUCUUACUAAUUGGCUUCUAUUAAGGAUGCUUUAUAAAGUAGGAAUUACUGUCAAAUUACCAAUCAAAUUGCUAUAUUAAUGAUUAGAGAUUUAGAAUAAAACUCUCCCUUUUACUGUAAGUAGUUAUUUGCCUCACACACCUUUGCCAGGAUUUUUUUCUGCCUCCUAACUUACACACACCCAGGCCUUCUGUCACAUGUCAGCACUCAUACCAUGUAUACACAAGCACACAGGAGCAGCUGUCCACAGGGUCCACUCCAGAUGGUGCGCCCUAGGAAUCCUUAGUCAAAAAGUGCUACAACGGGCUAUUCCUACGGUCAAAUAGGAGAGAAAAGAUAAUUCUAAUCAGCAAUAAUGUUUGCAGAUUUAAAGUAAACAUGCAAUACUUAGAUUGUUUAGCUUGAGAGACUUGUAGGCAUCUUUCCCAAAUUCAGUAAAUCAAAACUGCUCAUUUUGGUAUGGUGCCUCUCAAAGGAAAACCUUAAGAAGAAAUAUUUGAUUAGUAAAUUUGGUUUUCUUUGAUAUGAGAACUAAACUCUUCAUUUGGACAGAGACUCUAGAAACAUCACAAAAUGGCACAAAUAGAUUUUUGCUUUUUCCUUUUGCAUCCUACAAAAUUGAGAGGUUUGAGAACAAUCCGUGGAAAUUGCUUCUCCAAAUGGAUACAUUAAGCUGCAAAUCUUCUCAGGUGUUCAUAUGGUACCUAUCCAUAGAUACUCACAUAGUAAAACCCUAUUUAAUUUUUUUUCUUUUUCCAUAAGUCCAUGACACAUAGUCCAGCCUUCAGGAUAUCACUGAGGCCUCCUGUCUUCUUCAUCCAGGUAGGCACACAAUGGCUUUCCUGAAAGGCUCUGUCUGCCAAGAUAGAUCGAUAUCACUCUAUCACUGUUCUUGCUUUAUCUGUGUGACAUACACUAGUUUAAGAGUUAUUUAUGUCUAUCAUUAAUUUUUUCUUUCUUUUAAAAACUUUUUAUGGAUUCUUUGUGAUUUUCACAUCAUGUACCCCAGUUCCACCACUUAUCUUCCUCUCCUCUCAUAACUGCCAUCUACCCUUGCCACCUCCCCUGAAAACAAACACACAAACAAACAGAAAUAAAACAAAACAUAAAAACCUUUUCAUCAUGGAAGCUGUAGUACAUCACAAUAUGUCCCACAGUAUAUCUCUCUGUACACACAUCGUUGCUUGCAAAUGUUUAUUGCAAUGUAUCAUUGGUCUGGUUCAAGUUCUCUGGCUUCUGUAAUACUAUCAAUAUUGGCUCUUCACUGGGACUCCUCCUGGUUAUCCUAUUGUUGCCCUGUGUCAUAGAGAUCAUCCAGUUUGGAUCAGCAGGACCUGCGCUUUUACACACCCCAAAAGUUCAUAGAUGAUGUAGAGCUCAGAUAUCACUGAGGCCCAGAUCUUGGGCUUUGACUUGACCUACUCCAAAAUACUAUAACAUUAAUUUCUUUCACAUGUCAUUUGUACCUUCCUAAUACAUUUUAGAUCUUGAAAUAUAGGUAGUAAAUUUUUUAUUAAAGAAAUAAGUAGAUAAUAUUUCUGGCAUCAGUAAUAAAAGAAGUGGAACUCAGGGUCUGGUAGUUCAUUCACCACUUACAAUGUAAAGAUGUUAUACCACCUACCAAGAAAAUACUAGAGUUCUUAUUUAAACUGUGAUUGUUCUGCUUCUAUGACCACAAGACAAACACUCCAGCUUCCAUUGUAAUUUGUUUAUUGUGAAUGAUUUUAUAAGAACAUCAUUUUUAUUUAGUUGGUUUUGAUGCCAUGGCCACCUGUGUAACAUAUAGUAAAAUACUGAUCAACUUGCAUUUUGAAUCAAUGGCAUAAAAUUUUGUUGCGUCAAAGUUAAUCAGAACCCCUGUGUAUGUAUGUCAAAAUGAAAUAGUUGUAAACCAGACUCAUAUGUUUUCUCUAUGCCAAGUUCAGCUAUACUGAAUGGAAUUUGAUCUUGGAUACAUUUUUUUUUAUUCUUCAAAAUCAUCCAAUACACCUUACUUUAGAUAGCUAUAUAUCCUGUGUUAUAGAUUGAGUAUAAAAUUGAAGUUGGACUGAAUUCGCAUGUGAAGCUUCUACUUAAAGUCUGAACUUUGAACUUGAAUCCUAAUGUGGAAAGAUAAGGAUAAGGAAGUUGUAGUUUAUAUGGAUCCCAAAGUCUUGUGGUUUUGCUGUUCCCAGUUUGUACUGUUUUGCUUCAUCAUUCUGGCCAUUGUGUAUAUACCAUACCAAAAACAGAACAUAAGGGAUGUCUACUUUUAUUAGAAGGGGAUGUGUGAAAGUAUGCUUUUAAUCUGUCUUGUACACGUUUCUUUGUAUUUACUGUUACAUUUACUGCAAAUAUGUGAGCAAUGUGUUUCCUUUUACUUGUACAGUGAAAGUGUUUUUUAAAGAUCCCCUUCUAGUAUGACAUAAUUCACCAUAUUUCCUGUCUACUUUUUCAGAUCAGUAUAAAGAAAACAAUAUAUUAGAAAUAGCAUUUGUGUAUAGGUUUAUGUGCUUUUAUUGAAUACUGGCCAGUCAUGGCCUUAUGUAGACUAAGAUUUACUAAUUAUCUACAAGGCUGCCAUGGAGAUGAGGCUGUCUCCUCUCUCCUGCUUUGUUCUUUGUGGUGUGUGAAAAAUGAGCUUGUGAAUUCCCCAGUGUGGUGACACCUAACUCUGAAGUAUCUUAAAGUGAGCUGAUGAUAUUGUCACUGCCACAGUUUUGUCUACAUGGUGAAUCAAUGAAUCUGAAACCUUGUUUCUGCCCAUAUCAGUACCUACUGUGUCACGAUUAUACCUGAAAUUUUUGUUUUCUGUUAGCAGUGUCCCUUGAUGUGUGGGCAGCCUCUUUUGUUGGUUCUCUCCCAAUGCAGGUCAGCUGCUGCUCCAUGGUAAAUGAAACCCGCAGUCUGGGAAACUCCUGCCAUCCUUGGGACCAUACCCUCCUCUAACAAAUUUCUGCAACUGAUGAGUGAUUCCCAAAAGACAUCCCUGCAGACACACAGGCUUACAAAGAACCACAGAAUGUUGAACAUUUUUGCAAAAUAGCUUUGUAAAUACUGAAACAGACUUCCAUGAACACUAUCUUACCUUUGGAACAGAAAUUAUUCCUUGGCUAUGGGAAAUCAAAUUUUUGAUUUGCAAUAACUAAGAACAUAAAGAAAGAAUUAGAAUGGGAAUUUUCUGUCUCAUAGUGACAUAUUGCUAUGUUUAACAGUGAACACUCACCAGCUCAGCUCUCACUUGCCACAACCGAAUAACCUCUCUCAAAGUAAGUCCAGUCCAUCUGUGUGCAUAUACAAACAAGAGACAAUCUGGAAAAGACUUACUAUUAAAAAAAAAAAAAAAAGCAAGGUGACAGCAAUUAUAAAGGACAUACAAAUAACUGAGGACUCAGAGAGAUGAUGGUGGGGACCAGAAUGGCACAACAAGAUGUUAUUUACACAUUUUUUUUCUAAGACUCAGAUAUCACAGAAACCAAUUUAAGAAUAAAGACUUGACUAUGAAACUAAAGCCAAGCAAUAUCAUUCCCAAGAGAAGCAGUUAUACCAGCAAGUGUAUCAGCUGUGAUCACACAUUAUGUAAUUAUAGUUUGCUCUGUGAAGAUUGACAGUAGCUCAAAGGGCACAUGAAGGCACAGUUUCAGCUUUCUGUUGGAAAGCCUGAUUAGAUGCUUCACAUGAAAAAAGCAGCUCAAUGACCAUGAGCAAAGAUUAGCCCAUGUCUCAUGCCAGCCAUGGCAGAAGAGGAGCCACUGAUUCAAACUCAAAUCAGCUUCAACCAGGAACUUUGUCUAAAAAAAAAAUGAAUUUAUAGAAAUUUCUCUUCCUGGACACUACCAUGCCAGAUAAAAUUCACUUAACUCAACUCAGCCUAGUUGACUGCAAGAAUUAUCAAUAAGAAACAGGCUGCCAAAUGAAAAAGUACUAAAACAUGAGCCCUCUUUAGCAAAAGAACCUGAAAUAAUGCCUUACAGAGAAUGUUCUAGAUGAUUUCUGCAUACUAAUUAUUCAUCAAGUGUCUUUCUGGGCUCAAGUUCAAAGUUGAUUGGCUGCAAAGUAUUGAGAAUUAAGUCACAUAUUUUGCACCUCAGGAAAAGACACUGAUGAUCAACAAAACAGUAAUUAUGAUGACAUUGUCUCAUGAUCUAUGUGUAUGAGAGAAAAUUAAAUGGGAAAGAAGGUCUGAUCUAGAUCUCUUCAAUGUGGAAAUAUCAUCAGUUUUUCCCCCAACUAAGGAGAAAAUUAUAAUUUGGUUUGGGGUUGUUUUUGUUUUGUUUUGUUUACAUUGCUACUAGUAUUAACUUUUGUUUUUGUUUUUCUUUUUGAAAUAACCUGUCUCUUAGAAAAACUUCUAAGUAGUUCAGCAGUUUCUUCUGAUUCACAUGGCUUUUGAAGACACUUUGUGAAGGAGGAUGGACAGAGGGCACUGGUCUUUAUCCAGAGGCAAUCUUGACUUCAUUGUAGGCUCACAAGUACUCAUUUAGGCCACAUCUUGGCAUAAAUCACUUUCAAUCAUGUCUUUAAAUGAUUUGCAUAUGUUGGGAAAUAGCAGUAUUCUAGACCUGAACCUCUGUCCUUAAAGAAAGGAAAGACAAAUGUGGCUUGCUAUAAGGGGGUCUAUAGAUACCUGCUAUUAAAUAUAAGAAAAGUCAACCAUGCCUGAAAACUCAAGGAAAACUCUCCAGUAGCAAUUACUAAAUCUCUAUAUUUAUUUACCUCUGUUGUAGUAAUAUGUGAUAAUUCUGUGGGUGGUUGUGGAACAUUCGUACAUCCUAUAAGUGUGUACAGUCUGUGGGUGAUUGCUUUGCCACUUUUAUGUGUAGAAAAAAAAAUCGCAUAGUAUAGCUUAUUUAAAGGCUAUUUCCUAUCACCAAGUGCAUACAUGCAGGAAAGUUAAUAAAAUCAACAAAAGUGUGUAUGUGUGUAUUCAGUGACAGAAUUAAUUCUUUCAGUAAAAAGUCAGGAGGAACUGGGCAUAAUUUUGCUUUGUUUAUUUAUCAUCAUAAGAGUUGCCAGCAGAAUUACCACAAAGGCUAAAUGGAGUGGUUGGUACACUGGCAUGUUACUAAAUAUGCCAGAGCUAAUUUCAUAUGCCAUUAGUCACAAGUAAGGUCAGUUCUUUGACCACUGGGUUUAGAUUCCUCACACAUGCUCUGUGUUAAUUGUGUGACAGUAUGUGCAUACCAUGAGUGUGAUUGUGUACAUACCUUGUAUGAAUUAUCAAAUUUUUUAAGCAAUUGCAGAAAAGCAGAACAAAGAAAUAAUAAAUCAAAAGCCUCAAAAUGGCUAAUCAAUAUGUAUUUUCAUUUUCUACACAUAAAAUACAUAUUUGGCCAACUGUAAAUAGCAUAUCCAAAUAGAUGUGCACACAAAAUGCAUUUUAUUUAAACUGCUACUUUUGACAAAAUUAUUAACAAAACAACUAAUAGUUACAUCUUUCAGGACUUUCCUAAUUUGCACAUAUUAAUAUUGAAAAUGGAAUGCUCUUCCUUAAAUGAUAUACCCAAAUGGCAGAUUUUACAAGUAAUAAAAACACAGCCUAUUUAGCAUCUCACUAAGUCUGGUAUCUGAACAGAUUCAGAGUUAUUAAUGCUAUUUUUUAAGUUCGGAACAAUAUCUGGAAAUGACACACACUGAGGAAAACCACUUUUAUUUUGAAAGCUGAAUUGGACCUUUACCAAUAUUUAUUUGCAGAGCCUGAGAGGAAGCUUACAUUUUUGUUGAAGUAUCUCCAGAUUUCUCUAGUGUAUAUAAUGACUCAACGAAGAGACAAUCACAGGCCUUCUCUUGAAAUUAGUAAAACAGUAUGUGCCCAAACCAAAGAGAAAUAAGAGAUCAAAAUGAAAACAAAUUAUAGUAAGUUAUCACAACAAGACAAUUGGGAGUUCCUUAAGAAACACACUGAUACUCUGUACAGAAAAAUACCAAGGCCAAUACCAUUAUCCAAUUAGUGGCAAUUUGAAACAGAAAUACCUAGUUUAUCACAGUUUUUCUUAAGGAAUUGAUCAAAUUUUACUAAUUUCUUUUCAUGGAAAAUUUCAUCUAUUAAAUAAAGAUCAGGACUGACAUUGUUAAAAGUUAGUUCAAUUUGACCCGGGUUCCAUGACACUGAAAACUGCAUUAACUAAUUGCUGGGCUAACAAUAUAAAUGGAAAUACCAGAAUUCCCCUUGAUAGAGAAUUCCAUUCACAAACUACAAAUACAACUUUUCAUUAAAGAUCCUGAAUAACAUUGGAAUACACAUAUAUUCCCUAACAGUUAAAUAUUCCUAGAAUAUUUUCCUGGGAAAAGGUGAACUAAUGUUAGCAUUUUCGAGUCUGUGUCUGCUGGUGCUGGAGAGAUGGCUGUGUGGUUAAGAGCCCUUAACUGUUUCUUCCAGAGAAUCUGUGUUUGAUUUCUAGCAGGCACAUGGCAGCUCACAAUCAUCUGUAAUUCCUAUUCAGAUUAGGAACUAAAUCAGGUCUUCACACCUGAGAAAUGGGCACAGGCUAACCAGCCAUACAGACACUGCACGAUGACUGUGAAUGGCCAGUUUUCCUGUGAUGAGCUCCUGAGAUCUUGAUGUUCACCAAUUUUUUUUUUGCAUAAGAGAAAUCUGUGUACCUUUGAAAAAUGCAUAUGAAUUUCAAUAUUACUAAAGAAUUCUGUCAACAUGACAAUCACUUGUGUACAUCCUCUGAGAAAGAUCAAAAUGAACUACAAUGGUUGAUUAAGGAAGAAACAGUAAUAUUCAAAAUGCAAAGUAUGAGUAUUAUGGCAUCAUGUCUGUCUACAAAUAUCAUAAACUACCUUCUUUAAGAGAGUUAUCAUAUCUUGGACAUUUUUCACAAAUAAAAAUGGAAGGUCAUGUCGAUAGAAAGAUAAUGAUCUCACAAACAGACACCAACCCCCAUUUGACAGUCGGUUUUCUAAUGGAUGUUUAAAAUACUGAGAUUCAACUGGUUAGCUACUUUUGUCCUUAAACUUUUUGAAAUAUUAUUUUUUUGCAUCUCACUUCCCAUAAUAAAUAUAAUGUGAAAUAAAAUGACCUAUGCUUCUAUUAUUGUUACUAUUAUCACCUCUGUUGUGCAAAUGUUCUUUUAGUCCAGGGUACAUGGUGUCAGUUGAUCUCCUGACUAACACUUUUCUACUAGAAAUGUGCAGUAAAGCCAAAACAGAUGACCAUGAAAAAAAAAAGUGUUUUUCUUUGAUUAGAAUAGAAUUCUCAUUGGAACAACAAUGACUCCUGAUUAUAAGUACAGGUUCUCCUGCAUUUGCUGGAGUGAAGUGGUGGGGAGAGAAUAUAUCUGCGUGUUUAUGUUAUUUUUCUUUGUGUGCCUGUGUGCACAUGACUGUGCACAUGCACAAUCACCUGUGGUGAUAGAGAUAACAGCUUAGUACUGACAGAACUACAAGCAGAGUGGUGGAAUUGUUGUGUAUUUCUAACCUGUUUGCUCUUGAUUAGUUAUCGAAUCCUUUCAUCUUGAUUCUCUGAAGGCCAAAGGAAGCCCAACCUUGUCCUCAAUUCUGGCUUGACGAUUAAUUAAAUGAACACUAUAGUCUCGUCCCGUUUGCUUUCGUAAGUCUGUCUUCAGUUUAUCAAAGAACUGUAUAAGAGAACUGUAUAAGGUUUAUAAAUUAAAAUUUUUCAAAAUUGAUUGAAUCAAUUUGCCAUAAACUUUAAACAAAUAAUUGUUUAAAGAGUGACUGCUCCCAAACUUUGUGGAGCCAUACAGUCUUCCCAACUAACAUGCACAUCUUAAAACAUGCUGUCUCAAUGUCAAACAGUUCUUGGAACUGCUAUUACCCAAUUCUGUAUAUUAAGAGAUUCUUUUUUUGACACAGUUAAGCUUCCAGCAUCUCCAUUCUAUGAGACAUUAUUUAGUACGAUCAUAGGGUGGCUACACCAGAUCAUUGGUCACCUUACACAGCUCUUCUGCCAAUCAUCUUCAGCAUCCACAAUUUUAGGUUUGAGAUAUGCACAGAGGAGGUCUUCUCAACAUCAUUUGACUCACCUGGACUGGCAUUAAUAAAACUACCUCUUGUUGAUGAGGAAAGAUCUCUUUAGACACCUUGCAGGAUUGCCUUCUGUGAUGGUUUGUAUAUGCUCAGCCGAGGGAGUGGCACUAUCAGAGGAUGUGGCCCUGUUGGAGUAGGAGUAGCCUUGCUGGAGUAGGUGUGUCACUGUGGGUGUGGGCUUUAAGACCCUCAUCCUAGCUGCUUGGAAGUCAGUUUUCUGCUAGCAGCUUUUAGACAAAGGUGUAAAUAGAACUCUCAGCUCCUCCUGAACCAUGCCUGCCUGGAUGCUGCCAUGUUCCUGCCUUGAUGAUAAUGGACUAAGCCUCUGAACCUGUAAGCCAGCCCCAAUUAAAUGUUGUCAUUAUAAGAGUUGCCAUGGCCAUGGUGUCUGUUCAUAGCAAUAAAACCAUAAGACAGAAGUUGGUACUGGGUGUAGGGUAUUUCUGUGAUAAACCUGGUCAUGCUUUUGUUUGGAAGAAUAUGGAUUUGGGGACUUUGGAUUUGGCAAGUGGUGGGAGGCUUUAAUUGGGGCUUAGUGGGAUAUUCUAGUAGGAAUAUGGAAGACUUUGUUACUGAGAAUGAUUUGAAUUGUGCAAACCUGACCCAAGAGGUUUCAGUGAAGAAUUUCAACAUGUGGACUAGAGACUGGUAUGGUUAUAUUUUGGUGAAGAAUGUGACUAAUUUUUACCCUUGUGUGAAGAGUCUGCAUGAGUCUAAGCUUAAUUACAAAAGAAGUCUCAGAAAUGCCAAUCAUAGACUUUGUUCUCUGGUUAAGUCUAAUGAAGAGCAUAUUUAAAAAGUAUAGCAAGCUGAAAAAGGAAAAAUAUAAAAUAUAUGGUUUGAAUUUUAAAGGGACACCAGGAAGUGAAAUGAAGCUGAACCCUAUGUUCAAUGAUAUUGAAUUAAGGGAGUAGUGACUUUGGAGCAAGAUCCCACCCAAUAAAUUUAGGUCCAGGCAUGGUAGUACAAGCCUUUAAUCACAGGGAGCAAAGACAAGCAAAUCAAGGCCAGCCUAGAACAGAGUAAGUUCUAGGUGGAUAAAACCUUAAAUACAGUUUGGUGGACCACACCUUUAAUCCCAGUGCUUAGGAGACAGGCAUGUAGAUCUCUGAGUUCAAAGGCAGUCUACAGAGCAAGUUCCAGGACAGUCAAGCUGAGGCAGUGAAGGAGUUGGAAAACAGAAAGCUGAUAGUAAUGUAAUAGAACAAGGGGGCCAUGUUUCAGCUCCUUCAAGCAGCAGAACUCGGCAGCGUCAGCCAUGUGACUCUGACUUUAGAGUGAAAAAUAGAAAGGACUACUGGGACAAUUUAUGCUGGAUAACUUGACCUAAGAAAUUAGCAGUGAUUUAGAAGAGAAUAGCAUUAUUGAGGUGAAAUCUUCUGGGAAGUGGUUUCUGAGAGCACAAAGAAGCUCUAUUCCAGAGAUAGCCAAGGUUGUAACUCGUGCUGCAGCAGGACUUGGUAAUAUGUAAGAGUCACCUAGUUGGUAUUGGUUUUGAAGGCAUGAAGGAGUUAUAAGGGGCAGCUGGGUCUUGGCACUGUGAGAGGCCAUGGAAGGCCAUUGGUGAAGGUGCAGCCUCGGUUACAGUUGAUGGCCCUGGACCGAAGGAGUCAUGCAAUGGAGUUGAGGUUUGGCACAAUAAAGAGAGCCUAUGAGAGGAUAUUGGUGAAGCCUAGUUAUAGCAGAAGACACCAGCAUACUGGAGAUGCCAGUACCAUGGGAUGAUCACCAAGAACAGCAGCAGCAGUGGAAUAGAUCAACCUGUGCUUAGAAUGCUACAGAGAGCAGAGUUUGAGAAAUUAUGCCAGCCCUUUGGAGUAGCUCAAAUCAUGUGUGGAUCCCAAACAUUGAAACAAGAAGCUGGAGCAUUAAAAUUGCCUUGGAGACACCAAGGUAUUCAAGUUGCCAGAGCCCUGGGCCAUCUACUGAGGAGAACUGCUAAGAAAAAAAUGGAACCAGCCCAGGAUAAAGAAGUUCUUGCAGUUAACAAAGAUGGAAAAGGAGUUGGAGAUCUGAAGACCACUUGGACAUCAGACACAAAGAUGCAGAGUUUGGAGUUUGCCCAGUUGGUUUCCUGUCUUGCUUUGGGGGUGGGGGCUUAAUAGCUAAGUGACUGGAUGAAUAUCAAAAGAGACUUUGAACUUUGGACUUUUAACAUUGCUGAGACUGCUAUGGAGUGUGGGAGCUUUGGAAGUUGGACUAAAUGUAUUUUUUAAUUAUGCUAGGGAUAGAUAUGGGCCUUAUAGACUCAUAUAUUUGAACAAGCCUAUGGGGGACAGGGAGUGGAAUGUGAUGGUUUGUAUGUGCUUGGCUCUGGGAGUCGCACUAUUAGGAAGUGUAACUUUGUUGGAGUAGGUGUGUCACUGUGGGUGCAGCUUUAAUACUUUCAUCCUAGCUGCCUAGAAGAUAAAUGUGCUGGAAGUACUUCUCUGUAAGAAGGAUUGUUAUCUCCAAAAUAGUAUUUCCCUAAAGUUUUCUUGUUCCUGUUUUACAAACCUCAAUUAAAUUGUGUUUACAAGAAAGAUA